AUGACUGCGCAACUGAUUGUAGCAGCUGAGAAGUCAAACACAGCCACGGCACCAUCCACGCACUUCAACAAUCUAGAUUACGGCUUUACAAUCCUGGGUUCGUUCGGGGACGACAGCCCAAGUGCAGUGAUGCCAGAGUCCACACAAGAAUUCCCAGACAUUUCCUAUGACUCUUACAUAAACAAAGCCAGUCCACUGGAGCAGUACACUCAGUCCACCAACUUCUACAGUCCAGUCAGCGAUUUCUGCACAGACGACAACAUACCAGAAUGCAUCCUGUAUUUGAACCAGGAGGCAGCAUCUCUGGGUUUCCCCUGUGUACAGGUGGAUCCCGAGGGGGUGGAGGGCUCGGUGGAUAUCGACAUGGUGUCGCUGCUGAACAGCAUGUACGGCCUGGUGGAGCGCCACCACCGCGUGCUGAGGGCCCUGGACCAGCUGGAGGCCGAGAGGCUACGCAACGCUAGCGACAUGCAGCGACAACAGCUCAACCAAGGGCGCCUCAAGGAUCAGCUAGAGAUUACCAAGCGGGAGAACGCCAGACUGCAGGAGAGGGAGCGCCAGCUGCACUUGAAUAUUAAAAGCCUGAAGAAGUGUCUUAAGAGCGAGAGAGACGAGGUGCAGAAGCUUCAGAACAUCCGGGCAAGUCGCUCCAGGCAGUAUAGCCACGACAUGAAGAGGAAGGAGAGGGAGUACUACAAGCUGAAGGAACACCUCAACCAGCUGCUGACCGACAAGAAGGACAGCAAGCAAGCGGCCAUCGAGGUUCUGAACUGUGUGGGAAGAUCUGAUGGGAAGAGGAGUCAGUGGAAAACUAGAAGAGUGGAGGCCAGUCAUGAGGAGGAGAUGUACCAGGUGCUGCUGAGGGACUUUGAGAGCCGCCAGCGAGAGCUGCUGCUGGAGAACGCGGAACUCAGGAAGGUUCUAACACAGAUCAAGAAGGAGAUGGUCAGCAUACUGAGCCCCAAACAGCACACCUAUGAACCACAGGAGCAGGGCUCUGAGGAGGAGGGCGAGGGUGAUGGCGAGGGGGAGGGGGUGUGUGAGCGGGAGGUGGUGUGUGAGGCUGGUCGAGAGGAGGUAGCAGCAGAGAGCUGUGGGCAGGCCAGAGAGGAGCUGACCAACAGCAUCCGGCUGCAGUGGAGGAAGUUCAAACACCACGUGGAGCAGCUGGACACGCAAGCGUCUCUAGUCCAGAGGGAUGGGGAGGUGAUGGCCAAAGAUGCCCAUGAUAAGGAGAUGGAGCACCUGAGGCAGGAGAUCCAGCAGUGCAAAGACUUCAUCCAUACCCAGCAGCAGCUUCUACAGCAGCAGCUGAGUGCCCCGUGUGAUGAGGAGACGGCACUGCUCCUGAAGGACUGCUACAUGCUGGAGGAGAAGGAGAGGCUGAAGGAGGAGUGGAGGCUGUUUGAGGAGCAGAGGAAGACCUUCGCCAGCGAGAGGCAGAACUUCACCGAGGCCGCCAUCCGGCUGGGACGCGAGAGAAAGAUGUUUGAAGAGGACCGGGCCACCUGGCUAAAACAUCAAUUCCUCAACCUGUCCUUUGCUGACCAUAUGGCCUCUCCCGUGUCAAAGCCCUCAGGUGCCAUUUCAGAAUAUGUGGAGAGUUCUCCAGCUCCAUCCUCCCUGAGUGACAUGCUGUCCCAGUUGGCCUUCAGUCCUCCCGAGGUCUCCUCCACUCGCCCUUCUCCUCAGAUGCUCUUCAGUCCUCCCGAGCUCUUGGCCACCAGGCCCUCCUCCACCCGGCCCUCUUCCUCCGCCAGACCCCCCUCAUCUGCUCGGCCCACCUCCUCCUCAGCCCGACUCACCUCCUCCGUCGAGUACCAACUCACCCACAUGCCACAGAGCAGGUUUUGAUUGGUUCACCUCCUCCAGAGGAGAUUCUAAUUGCUCCACCUCCCACAAAGCGGGUUCUAAGGAGCCUUCCUUCCCCCAGUGCAGGUUUAGAGGAGGACCUCGGCCACUUCAUGAGGAGCCAUCAUCAUGAGCCCCACCACAACAUAAUGAUGACCACACCUUGAGAAGAUGACUACCACCACAUCGUAGGAACACAUCUGGAGAGGGCUGAAUCACCAACACGAGAUGACCCACACCAUGACAUCCUAUAGGAUGGAUGGAUGUAGCUGACCUCAUUUUUUGCCUAACUAAUGACUGAUUCAGGUCGAUGCCUUUAGGUAACUUAAUGAAUAGUAGAAUAUGGACAUGCACACACACAGAAUGCACAUGGAUGAGCAAUCACCUGAUGAAUGACUUCACGGCCAACCGUUGUAAGGGUUAGGUGUCAAAUUGCAAUCAUUGCGCAUCAGCGCUUGUCACCGUUAUCAAAGCUUUAGAUAAGCCACUUUGCCACUUUUAUCCUCGUAAUGUUAAGAGUUUUUUUGUAGUGUUUUAGCUUUGCGCUUCCUAACAAUUUGGACACAGUUUGUGUGUUAUGAUACUCCAUCUGUUUAACUGUUAAGAUCAGAGCCAGCUGGUAGGCAGCCGCAGCAGUAGCAGCAAUAGUAGUGGGCUAGGACAUAUGAUUUAAUAUAGGUGCAGAGCGCUAUUGGCAUUUAAUCAGACCCCGGCUGAUAUGGGUAACCCUAGAUGAGCUAUGCACUACUUGAUUUACUGGAUGGCAGAUGACGUAGAUGGCUGUAGUAAAGCAUUAUUAAUGCGCAUUGCAGUAAUGCAGUAAAUUCGGCUUAUUGAUGAAGGUUCAUAGAGGAGUUAUGGAGAUGCCAAGUGAUUUUUUUGAAAAAAAUGUACUGUAAUACUGUAAUCAUAGUGCUCUGGUGUAUUACUGUUAUUAUGGCGUUGCGUUUUUUAAUUCCCUUUAAUUCUAUUUUUAAAUCUUUUUGUUUAUCAUUACAUUUUGAUGUUUUUUAUCAUUUUGCUUUUUAGACAUGCGUCCUUGUAUUUUAUUUAUUUAAUGAUGUGGACACUGCCAAUGCUGCGUUGGGUAGAGAGCUGAUGUUUUAUACAGUGCAGUAUGCCAUUCCUUCACCAAAUAUUCUCUGUUCUUACUAUUUAUUUUACACUACAUAUCCUGGAGGAAUUUAAUAAUGGAGAAUUUCUGGCCACAUUUGUUUUGGCUCUGUUGUCUGAAAUUCAAUAUUUUGCCAGACUAUGUUGAGGUUUUUGCAGCACUACCCUGCAUUUGCAUUUAAAUGUAGAACAGAGAAGCAGAGAGCUGCUAGCCUUGAGUUAUCGUGACUGCAGAUACUGUAUGUUUUAUCACAGGAAUACAAGUCUUAAGUUGUACAUAAUUAAAUGCACUUAAAAUAAAUUAAUAUGCGUUA